AUGGUAUUGUUCAUAAAGGGUACUGGAUGGGCACGCGACCCUAGGAUGACCAACAGCAAAUGGAGCCCAGAUCAUGAAAACAUUCCUUUUAUCAUUAUUUGCAGUCUGAAGCCAAGUCCUACUGAGAACUGGUACAGCUGGUACAACCCAAUUGUUGGCCAUUUCGAGCUGCAGCUGUGCCGACCAAGGAAUGCAACUUGGAACAUGGAUAAGAAUUUAAUCGAGUCCCACAGUGCUAUCAAAGUACGUUUGCACGAAUAUGAGCAAGAAGUUGAAGAAAUGAAAGCAAAAUUCCUUAAACACCUCAAAAGACUGUCUGAUUAUUGGUGUCACGAAGCGAAACACGAAAGAACGUACUUCGUACCUGGUUCUCUUAAUAAGUCAUGGUAUGCAUUUGCAAUCUGAAG